AUGGAAAAAGUUGACAAUUCCAACGACACUGAAGGACCAGUACGCCAUGACACCGUACUGGCAUACGCCUCUCCUCCAUUCCCAGCCUGGGUGCCGGCAGUAACAGUGGCCAUUAGCAUGGUGAUAUUUUUAGCCGGUUCCUUCUAUUGCCGGCACAGGAAAGUCAUCAAGAAGCGCCAGAUUCUAAUGGAUUACUUCUACGUAAUUUUUCAAUACGGCGGAAUAAGACGGAAGCGAAUGGUUGCCGCCUUGUGCAACACUAACUCAAUAACAUUACGUGAGUUAGGACGGUCGUUUAUGCUAAGUUUUGAUUCUGUCGCCAAUAGUGAUAACAAUAGCUGUCCCUUCUUUCUGGAAGAUUCUCCAUUCCCAGCUUCCCGCGGUCCAACGCCUAGUCCCAUGAUGCAGAAGAAAUCUUUCUUUAGAAACCGAGGUAUGACAAUUACCAGAAAAUACCGGGGGCCUUUUAUCAGAAUCAACACGCAGACAGAAGAAAAUGCGCAGGCAAAUGGCGUAUCUUUUCAAGACAUUGUUAUGAAAUUUAAGAGCAAACGUCCUCACGGAAAUGAUGCUUCUGUUAAAGCAACUCCAAACAGACGUCAUGUACCCCCACCCCAGUAUGAGGGGAGUUCAAUGUGCACAAUACACGGAGACGACACGGAUUAUCGAACUUGUUUAGAGGAAAAAGAAGUAGCAGCCAACUACAACAGAGAACGAAGAAAUGCUUAUGUUGUCCAGUGCGAUCCAGCGUACUCUAAAUAUACUGAAGUGUACGGGGAAGUUGGAAGGCAUUCUCUGGGACAUGUUAUACCAGAUCAGUAUCGAGGGCAGCAAACUUGUUACUCUGGGAAAAGAAAUUCUGAACCCUUUCAAAAUCUACAGGGCUAUAUUCCAGGACAGUCACAUUGCCAUGAUCAGCAACAUUACUAUUUCCAUGCACACGGUGAACAGCUUUCUCCAUCUGAUGUUGUGUGUGGUAGUCACGGCUUCAUUUCUAAAUCAUACGAACCGGAUGGAUGUUGUCAGUACCGGAACAGCGAGCCCACCAUUCUCGUACAUUCUCCGAGCACUGAGACAGACGCACCGCAGGGAUGGAGUCAUAUUCGCAGCAGAAACACAAACGGCAUCGUGUUUUUGAAACGUGUUCCAAAACCGGACGGAGCACCAGGGGAAUUUUAUUACGAAGAGCAAAAAACCCCAUCCCCGGAUCUCUCCCGUCGAGUUAGUCUGAGUAAAGUUAGCUACGUGCCGGCAGGGAACAUGAAUGAAUACUACAACUGCCUCCAUAGUAACGUCAAAGACAACACAAGUAAAGAGGCAAGAACUACAGAGAACAAGAUGUCUUCACAGAAUCCCGCCACGCCAUCUCAAGGCUCGUCUAAAAGCAAACGCAGUAGGCUGAGCCUUGGAGACUUAGCAAUAAGUAAUUUCAACCGAAGAAUUGAUUUGGGCAGUGACAGUUUAAACGAUAGUUUACAAGAAGCCGAUCAGUCGUCAGAACAUAGAGGCCCUCAAGAUUCGACUCGCUCCUCGCCCAAAAUAACUUGGACUAAACUAAAAAAUGUUUUCACCGGAAGUCGUGCAGCCCAGGAGCUUCAAGGUCAAGGUAAACUUUUAAAAUCUGUGUCUGCUAAACAAGUGCGUCAAAAACGCAGAAAUAAUCGGCGAAGUACAAGCUGGCAAAGAUUUGUCAGCAUGUUCACAGGCUUCAGAUCUCUUCCUGAAACCAAGAAACCUUCCACGUCUGUCGAUAUUCCUCAGUCAAGCAGCAGCUAUCCGUUGGGACUGGAUAUAAAUGUUGCAAGCCAAGAGGAUCCUACAGCAAGUUUUGAUAUUGAAUCACCCAUGGAAAGCAGACCAGCAGAACAUCAUAGGAGAAUAUAUGAACUAAGAUAUGAUUUCGAGUCCUCUUUAUCGAGUCGACCCAGUUAUAAAAAAAUUGCGCCCAGUGACGAUGACGAAGUAGCGCCCAAAGUCUGGGAUAGACCAAAUGCCUUAAGUUUAGCAGUAAAGACUCGUUCAUUCCCGGAAGAGCUUCUACAUGGGCGGCAGUAUUGCCAUCGGACAGGUUUUGAAGCAAGCGGAAAAGUGCCAAGCCCAAAAAAUCAGGCAAGCCAUUACAGUGCACGACGCUACAGGAAUCGAAAUGACCGAGUGGUUACAUCUUUAAUAUCCUUGCCUCAAGCAAACAAAGAUUAUAGUUGCUACGCAUUCCAAGCUGGUUAUUCGCCGUCCCCGGAAGAGUACAGGUUCAGAAGCCCUGAUUCUAUGGGAAGCAACCCUGGAGCAACCAGUCCAACCAUGGAGGAAUACGUUGAUGUUUCGGAGAACUCCAUGGAUAGUCAUUGCUUCUCGGAGAGGCACACAGGAAGUCAAGAAAAGACCAGACCGGAUAAUUCAAACACAGAUGAGAACUUAGACUCAGCAUCAGACACAAGCUCAUACAGCACCCCAAAUGACAACUUUAGCAUACACUUUCAGCAAGACCUAUAUCCAGAAGACACCAUAAGUAUUUCAAUCGCUAACGAAAUAUCCAAUCAUCAAGAUGAUAAGCCUAACAACAAUGCACAUUUUACUGUAAAAGACAGUGAGCAUUGUUCUCAAAGAACAAACAAUUGGGCCAACAGUCGUAUUCAAUAUACCUCUUCGGGUAUAAAAUUAAAGUCUGCACACAAAUUUAAAUCGAAUGAUUCAGUCUUUGUGAACGUGGGAGAAGAUGCUCAAGAGAAAUCUGCGGCAACAACUAAUAAUUCAGUAUUUGAUAGCAAAGAAAGUUUGCCUCAUUUCUGUAAUCUAAACAUCGAGCAUCGGCAUGCAGGCCUAAGCAGCGAGUCUGUAUACUUUGACAGUGUCUGCGAUACAUCGCCUUGCGACAACAAAGACAUUUGUAGCAUCGGAAAUUCAACCUUAGAUAGGAAACAGAGUCCAGUAAAUCGAAUACACACUGCUUCUCACGAUACUGUAGGCCAGUUAGUACUGGAUAGUUCUGUUUUCUUAAGCGAAAUGGCAUCUAAUUCGUGCUUGUCUGAAAUACCACAGAUAGGUAAAAUUCAGACAGCUCUCGAACUUCGUCUAAUACCUUUACCAAACUGUGAUGUGGACAGAGCAAUCCGUGACGGAUUUAAAAGUACUCAGGCAUUAAUUAGAGUCCAGUCAACGCCAGUACUCUCAGAAGACAUUACAUGGGAGCAGUCCACAUGUAUUCAAACAUGCCUUCCAAAGCGCUGGACUUCGCAUCCAUUAAAUUUCAAGACUCCUUUAGAUACAUCGAAUGGUCAGUCUCAAAGUCUGGUUCCAUACUUCAAAAAGGAUAUCAAUCCUUAUUCUAACGCUCCAAUGGAACAUUCACCUUUGAAAGGGCAACAUAACAAAACAGGCCCAGCUACAGAUAGAAAUACUCUGGAACUAAGUGAAUACUGUAGGACAAAAGAACAAUGUUUGGGUAAUAUGCCAACA